AUGAGUUCACUAACAUCUCACUUUAUGAAAUUACUAAUCUGUGUGAUAUUUUUAUGCACAUUUAUUCGCACGCAACCAUUGUUUGCGUCCAACAUUGAUGAUGACGAACAAGCACAAAUUGAAAAUUUACUCCUCAAUAAUUAUGCAGAUAUGGCCGACCGAUAUUAUCCGACAUCAGACAAAUUUCUUGAUUAUAAACAACAGCAUUUAUUAAGCCCAAAACAAGCUUAUCACUCCGAUGAUGUGCACUUGGCUAAACGUAUUAUUAUGUUGCCUCGCGUUGGUCGCCGUUCUGUUCCAUCAACAUCCCACGAAUAA